GAUCAACUUCUCAACAAUUAGAACAUAUUAACUGCUCUAUUCAAGUUACUACAUUAUUAUCUAAUACUACUACAAUCUUUGAAUCUGAUACUAAACAACAAUUUUAUCAAUCCGCUAAAGUUCCUGAAGAUAUAACUAAUGUUUAUUUUCUUACACUAACUACCGAGUCCUCUUUUUCUUCAAACAGUACUGAUCUUUUAGAAGCUAAUUUUCAUACUCCUACACUUAGUUCUAUAAUUUCUCCUACUGAUUUAAUUAACCAAGAAUCAGACACUAAUAGUAUUGAUGAAUUAGUACUAUCUGAAGCUCCUUCUUCUUAUCUAAUCGAGAAACAAGAACAAAUUCGCCCUUCUACCCCCAAAACUAUUAUCAAUGUGGAGGAAGAAAAUUUAUUUAAUAAUAGCAACAACCAAGUUGAAUAUAUUCCUAUAUAUCUAACUAUAGACAAUACUUCUAUUGUUAAUUAUUGGGAGGCAGACCAACCCUAA